GUCGAGUCCCGCGCCAGUGAUCUCGCGCGCGUCGUGUCGAGCGGGUUGUGUCUGUGACAUCCGUCCGUCCGCGAGCCGCUCUGUGCCGACCCUCCCGAGUGCAGUACGUCCGGCAGUCCGAUACGCCCGUCCGGUCUCUUCCCGCGUGAUCCUCCGGACUCUUCUCCGUCGACUCUCCGCCGCGCGAGAAGGAUCUCAGGAAGAGCGCGAUAAUAUCGAAACGUGCGAAUCGUGAUCGAGCACGGGAAAGCGGGCCGGCCACGUGAGAUCCGGUCUCGGGAGGACGGGAAAAUAUGAGCAUCUCGUGAAGCCGGGAAAAACGGAGUUUUCAUCAUGGAGACCGAGGAACUCACCAGGCUCGUAGACGAGAUCUACAAGAAUAUCCUGGACAAGUUCAAUCCUGGCGCCAGGCAGCUGAUCAACGCAGGCAAGGCGUACCUGAAGGCUCUUCACGGAGCUGCGGCGGCGUCGCGAGUUUAUGUCGACGCUUUGUCCCGAUUAGCCCGUCAAGCACAGUUGGGAACAUGGGGCGGUUCGAAAGAUGUGGGUUUCGCGCUGAUGAGAAUCGUCGAGGUGUACAAGGAAAUUCAGGAGCAGGAGAUGAACAUCUUAAAGGCGUUCUACGUAGAUCUGCUGGUGCCUCUGGAGACCAACCUGGAGAAGGACACGAAAGUCGUCCAGAGCGAGCAAAAGAAGUUUCUUCAGCAGCACAAGACCAGAUCCGAGACCUAUAGCAAGGCGGCCGCGACCAUGAAGAAACAUAGAAAGAAGUCCAGGGCGGCCAACAAAAGCGGCCUCGCCAUGGACAAGGAGCUGAAGAACAUGCAGAUCCUCGAAGAGGAAAAGUCCAAGCUCGACGCUUUUUGCGAGCAGAGCUUGAAGAACGCGAUGACUCAGGAGAGACGGCGAUACGGUUUCGUGCUGGAGCGACAAUGCUCCUUGGCGAAGCACUAUGCGAGUUUUCAUGAGGUUGCACUGGCCGCGCUUCAUCCCUCGGUUGAUAAAUGGCGCGAGGUUGCCGCCACCAGGGAAUACUUGCCCCAAUCGGUGGAGGACAUGUUCGCUUCCAGACUCAGGCAAACAUCGUUUUGGCCAGAGGACGACGAGAAUGGCGGCUCCGAGCUGACGACGAUGAGCUCGCAAUUGCGGAAGACCCGGAGCAUGGACAGCUCUUGCCUGGAGCUACGACUGGGCCCCCUACCCGGAAACCCGCCGUCGUCCAGCCACCUCGGUCCAGCAUCCCAUCUCCCUGCCACCCUCUCCAGAGCGAGGUCGGAGGCCAACUUGCACGCCUCGACAUUAUCCCUCGGCCCUGAGGUUCCAGAGACCCCACCCCGGCCUCGUUCCAUGGCGCCCCCGAUGUCCCGCAGCAGCGGCGGCGGUACCGGAGUCGGCGCCGGGGGUUGGGGGGACGCUCCCCUCGCCAGGGCUCUCUUCGCCUAUCUCAGCUCGGGAGAGAAUCAGCUGAGCUUUCUAGAGGGUGAUCUCAUCGCGCUGAUGGGAGACCGUCAGAAGGGAUGGCAAUUUGGCGAAAAUCUACGUACUCAAAGCUCGGGAUGGUUUCCCUUGGCGUAUACUGAAAUUAUAAUCGACGACACUUUGGGAUCGCCGAGUCACGGAGCGAGCAACGGUAGGACUCCGGAGCCACAAGCUGUACCACCGUGUAAGCCGCCGCCCUCUCGACCACCGGUCACGCCGGCCAAUAUCGACGAACCAUCCGGAGGCACCGCCGGCGCUGGCAACAAUUCCGCCAGCACCAAUGCCAACAAUAACAACAACAACGGCGGCGGCGGCGGCGGCGGCGGCGGCGGCAGCAACAUCGGCACGCCGAUCAACAACGCGAGCGUCUUGGCGACUCCGACCGCACGCCAAUCGAAAUCGAUCCGUCCAUCGGGUACGCUUCCCGCGGUGCUAGCCAGCGGGCGAAGGGUGCAGCCGCCCGUGCCCCCGGUGCCACCCCCUGCAAUGACGUCCCUUCACAGCAGCAACGACAGCGGCUUCUCCAAUGAGCCCCCGGUGCAGCCCGACGUCGAUUACAGCGACGACUAAGCGUUGAGGCGGCGCCGGAAGCCGCGCAGCGGAGGAGAUCGUCCUUCACCGAAGGACGAGAAGCAGUCAAAGGAUUGGGAGAAUGAUUCCUGGAAAACAAUCCCGCGGGAUGAGAAGUCUUGGCAGCUGUAUCGCACGGCGAUGGACCUCUGGGCGGAGUCCAAGGCCAACCAAAUGGGCGAGGAUUCGAAGAAAUACUUUGAAAUGGAGAACGGCGACUUUACAUUGGAAAAUGGCGAUAUAACAAAGAAGAGGAAGAACAAGAAGGCCACAUCGAACGAACGUCCCAGUCCGAAUCAGCGUACUAAGAUGACGGACGAGCGGGGUGCUCCGACUGCUACUCGUCGCGGCGAUCAGCGACGCGUCGACAAGCGAACGCAGGCGGAGACCGAGGAAGACGAGCUCGAAGAGGACGAAGAGGAUUUCGGCACCGAGUACCGUAGCAAUAAUAAAUUCUACGCGAACAAUCAGGAAGCUCAACAGGAGCGGAGAGGAGGAGGAGGAGGAGGAGGAGGCAGUUUCGAAGCGGAAAAAUACGCCAAGUCCACAAGUUCGUCGUCAGAGUCCGACGACGAGAGCACCAUCACCGUGCCGGAGCCGGGCCGUAAAGUCGAGCACAUCGCGCAGAAACUCGAGCAGACCGCGCAGAAGUACGCGCGCGAGCACAGCCCGCCCAAGUUCCUCGAGCGUCGCGAGAGAUCCGCCGCGACGGAGUACAAGAGCCUCGAGAGAGAGACGCGCGAUGCGGCCUUCUCGCGGGACCGUCGCGAGAGAGCCGCUAUGGAGUACAAAAGCCUGGAGCGCGGUCGAGACGGCGGUCAGAAGAACCUGGAGCAGACGAGGCGCGACGACAAAGCGCGCUUACGAGACGAGAAGCGCGCACGGGACGAUAAGCACUCGCUCGAGCGUGCCUCCCGCGAGGACAAGAUGAACUUUGAGCGCGCGAGAGAGGACAAGCAGAGCUUCGAGCGCUCGAGGGAGGAGAAGCAAAACUUGGAGCGCACGAGGGAGGACAAAGAACGGGGCCAUGAACGUUCGAGGGAGGAGAAGCAGGGCUUUGAUCGCCCGAGAGAGGACAAACAGCGGCCCCGCGAAGACCCGCAAUCCUCGUACGAGCGGGCCCGCGCUCGAAACGAGCAGCAGGAGCGCGCGUAUAUGGAACAGCGGAAGGAGGUGACGGGAGGUUACGAGCGAACGUUCGAGAAGAAUCGCAACAGAACGGUCGAACGAUUGUCCAGUCGGCGAUUCGAGCGGCCGCGGCCACCGUCGCAAGAGGCUCCGGAACGGCCCCCGAUGGGGCCCUACCGUGAGCGUAGAUACUCCGACAAGGAGGAGGCGAUUUACGGAGAAACCAGCCGAUACGGAAUAGGCUCGCUGGAAAGAGAUCGCGGUUACGAAUCGAACUUCGAGACGAAAUUGGAGAGAACAAAGGCGAUAGAGAGACACGGUUACCACGCGGGCUUGCAUGAUCCGGGUCUUCAGAAGCGCAACGCCGUACCGAGAAUCAAUGAGCGAAGUAACGGCGACACUAACAACAACACGUUGAAAGUGGAACGGAAACCUCUACUGCCGCGACAGGCAACUGCUAUGGGUCACCUCGCGCAAACCGGAAGAGCCUUCGAUGAAUCGAAGAGCCCGAAGCUCGUGAAACGGACCAAGUCUUUCUGGAAAUUCCGCCGGGACUCGGAAGUGCUGGAGGGUAUGGCACUUUGGCAACAUCGCUCGCUCGUAGACAUCCCGAAAAUGAUCCGGAAGGAAGACAAGACGGCGGAGAACGAGGAGAGACAGAGAAACUCCGAAGGCGGUAGCCCGAAUUCGAGUUUGGGCAGUGAGGGUACUAUCACGAACGAGCACCGACACGAUGAACCCAAGCCGGCUGAAAGAAGCCACGUACCCGACAAGACCGAUUACUUUGACGAUUUCCCGACACCAGCGGAACGGUCUAAGAUCACGGAAAGAUCCGAGUAUAGGAUGCAGCAACAGCCAGAAGAGCGUACGUAUUUCGUCGGCAAUGUGUCGCGAAAGGCGAUUAUCGAGAAAGAACGAAGACGUAGUCUCGAGGCCAAGCGGAAUAUGAUUGUGGCCGAACUGAAGGAGAACAACGAGAGCAAGCGAAACGAAAUGAUGGUGCGAGGUAGAAGAAAUUACGACGAGGAAGACGCGACGUUGAACUUCAGUGAGACCGAGGCCUCCGAUGAGGAAUCGACCUAUAGUUGCAUCGUCGUGAAAGAUCAGAGUAUACCGGAAAAAACGUUGCUACCGAGGACCAAGCUGAGAAGGGAGUCUGAUCGGAAUAACUGCGGGCCCUGGUAUGAUCUCUGGGGCGUAGACGCGUCCGUUAAUAAGAAGAAGAAGAAACAAAAACAACAAUAAGUAAAGCAGCAGAAGAAAAUUUAGCCGAGGCUAAAUGUAUGUGGAGGUUAUAAAGGAUGAUAAAGAGAGCAAUGAUGAAAAAAUAUCGAACAAAAAAAAGUGAAAUAUAAAAAAAACGAAAAAAGAAAGAUUGGAUAUUUUCGUUAGCGAGAAGAAGACAUUACGUUAGCGAGAAGAAGACAUUACGAUAGUCGACGAUUACGUUGCCAUGCUUUUUGAAAACGAUGAAGAAGAUAGGAGAAUAGAGGAGGUUUCCAUUGCAUACAAUUUUGAUUUUUCUUUAGUUUAGAUGUAUGAUAUUAUGCGAGCAAGGAGUACUUAAUUCAAACUUAGGUCAAUGAAUGAACAUCGAGCUCGCAGUUGUUACCAUUUUUGUUAUUAGUUUCACCCGAACUCUCUUUCUUCUCCCGGUCAUGUGAAUUUAUUCUGAAUUUCUUUGUGACCACCUGUUCACGAGUAAGCCUCUGAAUGAUCAACCCCCAUUAUGAUGUGUUCGCAUUGGUUAAUUCCCUUUCUAAUGCUUUGUCUUGUCUUCAACGAUUGGCUGUUGAUGUUGUAGGAGCUUGCAGCAUCGUCGAAGAAAACGCUCGAUACACUUUUGCGACGACUUCUAGGCGACUUAUCGCUUCGAAACGGAACGAGAAACUUUGCUGGAUGAUACAUCAUCAUCGAUUGUGACUUGUAUGAUUUGUAUUGUUGUGUCCGUCAUCGCUGCGCGUGUUAGCCUUCCUUUAAUUAUCGCUAGCAUAGUGCAAGUCAUUCUAGAUAUUAUUCGCUAGAUAUUAUUUGCAACUAUUUCAAAUUCUUGCUAUUUUUUUAUUUUUAUCGGUCGCUUUGAUUUUAUGCAAAUUUGAAGUUGCUAUUUUCUAUAUACAAAUAUAGAAUUUAAGAAAGUUGUGUUACCAUGGUACAACUAUCAAAACAUAAAUUGUGAAAGACGAUGGCCGGAUUAAUUUUGAUCGGUACUUUCCAUAUUUUUUUGUGUUGGCUCAUAAAUUUUGAGGAAUCUAAAUCGUGGAAAGAUUAAUCAGUUUUAUUCGUCCUAUAAAAAUAUUAAAAGAUAUUUAAAAGAUAUUUUAUUUAAACAAUUGGAUACGAUAUUGGAUUAGAUAUCAAUGAGAAAUCUUUAUUGUGUGUUUUCGAGGAAGAAAGGCAUCCCUCUUAAAAUUUUCAAGAGUUUACCGGAAUCCCAAAGUUGUUUGUGAUCGUCCAGAUUCGCAUUCCCCGAACACUGAUUAAUUGCAAUUAACGCCUUUCAGGACUAAUAUAUUUGCGACAGUGAAGCUGCGAAAGACGAAGACUAACGACCGCUCGGCGCCAGCAUUGUCAUGAGACAAGUUCUUUCUCUAGAUCGGGCGUUUCCGCGCGCUAAUAGCGAUCUCAUGACCCGGAGACGGACAUGUCUCUCUUGUUGAACAAGUUCCUUCGUCGCGCAACUUUCCACGCGAGACGAGAAUCAACUGCCACGCGAUUAUUAUCUAUCCGCGAAAAAAAAUUCUUCCCAAGAUGAAAAUAUGGCGGUAACCCUUUCUGUAUCCGCGCGCCGUGCACACAUCGCACUUUUGCGCUUUUUCUACAAUUUCUCUCGAGUACCGAUUCAUUUGGGACACGUGGAGCGUACGUACGGAGAUAGCUUGCAGGUUCUUAUGGCGUUAAAUGAAGCGGUGAAGCGCAAUUUCAUAGCGGUAAACUCUAUGUUAUAAAAUAAAGAAUAUCACGAUAUAUCAAUGCAGUUUUACAGGUGUUAAAUAAAAAGGAAUAGCUACUUUGACUGCGUUCCUCCAAUGUUAACGGCUUAACCGCAGAUUAACGUAGUUUUAUAGCGUGAAAAACUUGUGUAGUGAAAGUGGAUCAAGUCCAUUAUUUGUAUAGUUUUCACGUAAAGUUGAACGUGAAGUAGAUCUUACGAAUUACGGACUUGCUUCAUUCUCGCCUUGAAGUCUGUUAAUGGCAGAAACUAGAGUUCUUCCGAUAACACGUUAAAAGUUAAAGACGAAAUGAAAGGAGAUUGUUGGUAUUUCUACAUUUAUCACCGCUCUAUCGAUGUACUGUAUUUAACAUUUUACUCUUAAUAUAUACUGAAUAUUCGGUACUGAAAGGGUUAAUGUCUGAGAAUUGAUGAAUUUCGAUUUUUGUGUGCAACACGUCAUUUUGAACACGCGUUUUUCAACACGCAACGUUUCUCAAUACGCAUUUUAAGAUACGCAUAGAUAUAGAGAUUUAGACUAAAAUAAUAUAUCCCAGCGUAAUUUAAGCGCGAACGAAAAGAAGACGUCCAAUUUGGAGCGGAGGGUGUAGGGUGGGUUUUAGGAUAAUCACUCUUUUUGUAAUUUAAAACGCGGUAGAUAAGAAUUCAAGGAAGUCGCAAAGAAAAAAAAGAUGUUAAUAUAUUAUGAAUAAUAUAUUAUAAUUAUAAACAUUAUAUAUACAAAAUGAUCGCUUUGGGCGAUUCCGGCGAUUUGGGUUAGGCUAGAUUAAAAUGAAACUGUUGUAAUAAGAAUCAUGUAUACAAGCGUAUAUACGUUAUAUAUAUUAUAUAUAUUAUUGUUAUUAUAUAUAUCAUUUUUUUAACGUG